AUGGCCGGAUUCUUUGAGCAGUUUGUCGCUUUCGGGACCGACAUUGUCGGUCUCGAACGCUUCAUGCGCUUCAUCCAGUCCGUCCUGUCAAUCCUCUCCUUUUACCCCCGCCUGACCCCCCUGGUGCUCCUCCUCCUCCUCCCCCCCACGGGUCCUGCGCGCGACGCCAAGACGAGCGAGCUGGCUAUGCGGGAGCUCUGCAGCCACCUGAACCUCACCCGGCGAGCCAUCCGGCUCUUCUGGUGCCUGGGCAGCUUCCAGUCCAGCUGGAAGGCCUACGCGGCGCCCGACAAGAGCGCCGAAGCUUGGCUGUCCAUCAUGGCCGACACCUUGUUCGGCCUCUUCGGCAUGAUGGAGUCGGUCACGCUGCCCGACCUGCUUCCCACGGCCCACUUGUCCGUCUUUGGGCUGCAAGAGGCUGUGCGGCUCGACGGCCAGGCCCAGGGUCUGUGGCUUGCCGCCUUGUCCUGCGCGAUCCUGAGCUCGAGCGUCAGGAUCGCCCGCGCGUACGCUCAUCGUGCCGUUCCCGCGACUGGGGGCGGUUUGGUGGCAGAGGUCGAGGAUGAGAAGCGUCAGGCCGGAGAGGGCGACGGGGCGGCCAAAGCGGCUGCGCUGGAGAAGCGCAGGGAGGAGAGGGAGGCGGCGGCGCAGGAGUUUGGUGGCAAGAUCAAGAGCUUGACCGUCAAGCUGGCAGCUGAGGUUCUCGACCUAGUGAUUCCUGCGUCGACCACGGGCUUGGCCAAGUUUGAUCCGGGAACCGUCUCGAUAGCCAUGUUGCUGAGCACAAUUCUGACGGGCCGAAUCGUGUGGGAACGAUGCGGUCGGGCCAUUGAUAGCAAGCCUGUUUGA